AUGAUCCCCACUCCGACCACCUCUCACCUGUCUGCGGCCGACUUUGAGAGCGUCUACGAGCCUGCAGAGGACACCUUCAUCCUCCUCGACGCGCUCGAACAAGACGCCGAGCUCCUCAAGGGCAGCAGGCUCGUUCUCGAGAUCGGGUCGGGCUCCGGCUGCGUGUCCGCCUUCCUCGGCGCCAUCUGCGGGCCUUCUUCUGCACUCUACCUCUGCACCGACCUCAACCCGCACGCCGCCCGCUGUACCGCCCUCACCGGCCAGUCCAACUCGGUCCCGCUCGACCCCGUCCUCACCGACCUCACGAGCGCGCUUCACCCGCGCCUCGAGCACGCCGUCGACCUCCUCGUCUUCAACCCGCCGUACGUCGAGACGGACGAUGCCGAGGCGUUCGACGCGCAGGAGGACGGCGUCAUCGAGCGGGCGUGGGCGGGUGGGAUUGGCGGCAUGCGCGUCACGAACAGGCUCCUUGAGCAGGUCGAGACGCUCCUCUCGCCGCGAGGCAUCUUCUACCUCGUCGCCGUCCCCGAGAACAAGCCGCUCCAGAUCAUCGAGGACAUGAAGGCUCGAGGUCUCCACGGCGAGAUCACGCUCAAGCGCCGAGCCGGCCGGGAGCACCUGCACAUCCUGCGCUUCUCGCGACCAGCAGAGUCGCACACGGCUGUCGACGACCCGACGCCCUGA